AUGGGUGCGCAGCCCUGCGUCUGUGUGGUGAAGGUAGACCUGGACUGCCCGCCGUAUGGCGACCGGUGGAGCUGCUGUGGCUCUGAUGCCUUUUACAGGGAUACCUUCCUGGAGUCCGAGGUGGACGCAGAGGCGAGCAUCUCCAGCAAAGUCUGGGAACAAGCUCGGUUGAAGACCAUCAAAGGAGAGGUCUUCCUGGACUACACCAAAGUCUCAGCCGCCCUGGCAGCCUCUGCGCUGAAGCGCCGCUUCUCGGGAAACCUCCCGGAGCCCUUGGCGCUGGACCUGAGCCCUCCCACGCCUUCCAGCCCCAGCAAUUACAAUCGAACCUUCUCCGACUGGACAAAGGACUCCAGCUGGGUUGGCAAGACCAUGAAGGAGUGGACGAAGGAGGGCCCACCGCCGAACCACCGGCCCACCUGGAAGAAGGGCGAUGGCGCUGGCUUGCAGGUGCGUUGUGGGCCCGACUACCACAACAAGCGCCGGCACAUGGAGACCAAGAAGGGCCACCUGUACCAUACCCUCACCGUGGAUUCCAUCAGAUCAGCUGAGCCUUUGCACAGCAUCGUUGGGUCCGUGGUGGACGGCGUUCCGCCGAAGUCCCCGGACAGUAUUUGGACGUCUGAGUGUCCUCUGCCGCGGGUGCUGUGCAUCAACGUGAUGCUGCCGCACUACAACCCCAAGAACCCCUGGGCCGCAGAAACCGGCGGCUGCAGCUACGUCGCCUUCUUCGAGAUCUCCAACGAGACAGUCACGCAGGUGCAGAGCGACUCGCCUCCAGCCAGCGUUCGCAUGUUCCUGAGGUUCUACGAAGGCCCCGCAGGCCCGCCGGGAUGCUCCUUGGACCAUCCUGACAGGAAUGCUGGGCGGCGGCGAGACAUCAGCAAGCGCAAGGACAUGGACCCUGGCCUGCUGCGAGCGGCCGGCUGGUGCCUAAACCAAGGAGAGCUUGGAGUGCCGGAGUUCCUGCACCAGUUCAACGGCAAGUCCUUCGUCAUCUCAGAGAGCGGUUAUGUUAUCAAAGACCCGCAAGGGGAGUGGCUGGAAGUGGGCUUCGACGUGCGGAAGUUCCCUUUUCUCUUCGUAGAUGUACUUUACAACUUCCGAGACUUCGUGCCCAAGGCCAAGUGCCACUAUGGCUUCACCGUCCAGGCUGUCGAUGACGAGGAUCUGCCGGAAGGCAUCAUUUGUGAUGUGUACAUGUCGGGCAUCAACAUCGUGGACGACCCUUUCGAGGUUGAGGCGCUGGAAUGA